AUGACCACCGACACCGCCGCCGCCUCUGACCCCGCGGCCAGGGUCGAGUCCCACGCCUCAACCGCGUCCAACGUCGGCUACCCUCAUGGUCAUCUGGGCCACCUUACAGAGCACGAAGAGGCCCAGUUGGCCGCCUUCAGGAAGCUCAUCGAGGACAAGGGGCUGUACAAGCCCGGCCCGCCUGCGUCCCACGACGACCCGACCCUGCUCCGAUACCUGCGCGCCCGGAGAUGGGUCCCCGAGGACGCCCUCACGCAGUUCAAGGACACGGAGGAGUGGCGCGCCGCCAACGACAUUGACGUGCUCUACCGUACAAUCGACCUCGACGCCUUCGAGCAGAGCCGCCGCCUGUACCCCCAGUGGCUCGGCCGUCGCGACCGCCGCGGCAUCCCCGUCUUCCUGUUCGAGGUCAAGACCCUCGACGCAAAGACCAUCGCCAACUACGAGAAGGCCGGCCGCGACUCGAGCUUCAGCAAGGCAAAGUUCGACGGCAAGACCCCCGCCGGCAUGCUGCGCCUGUUCGCCCUCUACGAGAGCCUGACGCGCUUCAACCAGCCCUUCUCCACCCAGCUGCAGGACCGCGAGCAUAGCGACACCCCCAUCACCCUCAGUACCAACAUUGUCGACAUCUCGGGAGUCAGCCUGAAGCAGUUCUGGAACCUCAAGAGCCACAUGCAGGCAGCCAGCCAGCUUGCGACGGCACAUUACCCUGAGACGCUUGACCGCAUCUUCAUCAUCGGCGCGCCCGUCUUCUUCUCUACCGUCUGGGGCUGGGUCAAGCGCUGGUUCGACCCCAUCACCGUCUCCAAGAUCUUCAUCCUCAGCCCGCACGAGGUGCACCCGACCCUCGAGCAGUUCAUCGAGCCGCGCAACAUCCCGAAGCAGUACGGUGGCGAGCUCGAGUUCGCCUUCGGGGACCAGCCGACCGUCGACCCGGCCUGGGAAGGCGUCGUGAGGUGGGAGCCCGGCCACGACCGCUUCCGGGCGCGCCCCGCCGUCUGGCGCGAGACCCCCGACGGCGAGCGCAUGGAGUGCGUCGGCCUCGGCAGCGUUGGUGGCGUCGAGCAGCACGAGCUCAUCUGCUCCGUCCCCAAGACCUGGCCCCCCUCGCAGCCUCCCGCCGCCGCCGAGCCCACCCCCGCCGCCACACCCGUGACCAAGGAGGGCAGCGUCGCCGACGGCACCCAGACGGAGCCCGUCGAGGUUUCGCCGGCGCCGGAGCUGCAGAAGUUGUCCCUCUCCGAUACCAAGGAGAUUGCCGAGAAGCACACCGAGGGCAGCACGGCCUCGCCUCCGACGGGGGUGGCGGCAUGA